AUGUUGCCUAACACAGAGCAGGCCAGGGAGACACGGGGACCAUGGCAGUUUCUGUCUUCUCUACCCCUCUUUGUUGUCUCCUGGAGCUCAGCUAACAAAUGUCUUCUGAAGGUCGGACACUACAGCGCUCAGCUGGAACAGUACCAGAAAGCGAUUGAAAUCUAUGAGCAGGUUGCAAUGAGCACCAUGGACAAUCCCCUACUCAAGUACAACGCAAAAGAGUAUUUCUUUAAGGCAUCGCUCUGUCAUUUCAUUGUAGAUGAGCUCAAUGCCAAGUUGGCCAUCGAGAAGUAUGAAGAGAUGUUUCCAGCCUUCUCAGACUCCAGAGAGCUCAAACUGUUAAAGAAACUGCUAGAAGCCCACGAGGAGCAGAACAGCGAGGCGUUCACGGAGGCCGUGAAGGAGUUUGAUUUUGUGUCUCGCCUGGACCAGUGGCUGACCACGAUGUUACUACGCAUCAAGAAAACCAUCCAGGGGGACGCUGGAGACCUGAAAUAGACACAAUUAGAAGGGGGAGAGAACAAAGGGGGGGGAAUAGGGGAAGGGGCCAUUGAAGAGAGAAGGAAGAUGAGAGUGGAGGGGAUUAAAUGAUGGAUCAAGAGACAGGCAUGUAUCUUAAUGGAUGUGUAAAAGUAGAAUAAAGUAAAGGCAGAAAGAUGAAAGAGGGUGGGAGGUGAAGGAGUUUACAGUUGUACAUAUCAGUCUGCAUGUGACCUGCCCCCCCAAUGAGCUAAGCAUCACCUUUAAAUCACCUUAAGAUCACCCUGUGUCUCCCGGUCCUGCAGUAUUGCUCUCAUAACACUGGACAGAAUUGUACUUAAAAGUAAGAGUGGAAAGAAAACGUGUGUGUGUGCGUGUGCGUGUGCGUGUGUGCGUGUGUGUGUGUGUGUGUGUGAAAGAGAAAGAGUGUGUGUCCACACCAGAAAGGUAAAUGAAACUAUCUGAUGGGAAGGUUUGCAGCUUACAUGAGAUUUAAGAAAAUAUGUUAUUAAAAAACAAUAUUGAGAAAUAUUAUUUAUGAGAUUACUGAUAUUUAUUGUCAAUACUGAACAUAUUUAUUGUUUAUUAUGGUGCUCAGUGUUAUGAUUUGUCUUACUAUUUUAGGUAUUAGCCCCUCAGCUCUCUCUCCUUCUCCUUUCUCCUUUACUUCUUCUCCUCCUCCUCCUCUGUCUCACUGUCCUCUCCGCAUCCCCACACCCUGUCAAAUCAGUGAAAUCACCCAUUGUGAUUGGUUGGCUCUUUGUGUUCAGGCCAGUGGUGGUUCGGCACAGUAAGCCACCAGUGCUGACUCCUGUCACUGCCUUGUUUUGUGCAUGUCUACUGUCAUGUUGUUGUAAGUGUUCUCCGUGUUGUGCUAAUGUGUGAAGAACAUACAUGUAGCCUCGUAUCAUUUGUGUGAAAUCAGUAAAUAUGUACUUCAGAGACCGAGUUGAAUAAAAACAUCAGC